CGGUCUUCUUUAUUUUUCACGAUGGAAGCAUCCUUGGCAGUCGCACUGGUCGUUUUGAGCGUUUUCCUGCACGGUGGUUCGGGCCGUCCGCCCAUUCCCAACGACGAGCCCAGCAAUCCGCCCAAUAACCAGAUAGUGUUUUACAAGAACCAUCAGCGCAGCAACGGCUACCAGUUCGAGUACGUAGCCGAGGAUGGGUCCCGACGUCAAGAAAUCGCCACCCUGGAGGACCGAGAGAACGAGACUGAGCCGGUCCUGCACGUGAAGGGCACCUACGAGUACUCGGACGGAGAUGGGCGCAAAUACGUGGUCAAUUACGAGGCUGACGACAAGGGCAUGAAGCACGAAGGAGAUAUCGUGCCACCGCGUGAAAAAGCCUGGAGUAUCACGCCUUAAGAAUAUUGCGAUGUGUAAAAAUUAGGGUACUUUUACUUGCUGGGAACGUAUUGUGCUGACUCAGAGGUGGAGAUUGAUAAUGGGGUUCUUCUGAGUUCGCGCAUACUUGUAAUAAAAGUGCUUAUGUAAUGUUGUGGAUAUAGUAGUAAUUGUAGAGUAAUCUCUGUUAAUAAAUCAUAAUUUAUUACACGUUUUGAUGUAACGUGUCGUAAAUUGUACGUUGCCGUCACGCUUAUGUUAAUGUCUUGAUGCUGCGAGAGAAGCUUGUGUGUAAAGUUGGUUGCCUAGUAAAGUUGUCAAGAAUUAA